AUGACUGAUCUUUAUGCAAUGACUAACUAUGACAUGCUGAAACUGAAUACUAAACAUGGUCAAUGCAAAUGGAGUCUGACUGAUUUGUGGGAGCUUCUAAUCACCGAUAAUAAAACCACACGACCUGAAUGUGGAGUCCGAUGCAAUUACGUGGAUUACAAUAUUGAAGGAGUUAUGUAUGAUCCAACCACCAAAUACGAAGGCUUGAUUACAGCUAUAUCUUCACAAUUGGGAGUGGACACAACAAUUUAUCAUUUGGAACUGAGGUAUUUCGACCAGAUUCAAUCAAAGCGACAAUCAACAAGUGGUGUGCUUGGGGCAAUGCUGGUUGAAAAUUAUGUUGAUCUGAAGACCAUUUACACACCAACAGACAUACAAGCAUACAUGCUAAGGAUACAUGGUAUUUCAUUGACAUACAUGCAAGAAUGGAGAGCACUUGAUGCAAAUAUAAGAGGCUGGGAGUAUUGUCGACCAAUAGUAGUCGUGGAUGGUACACAUUUAAAAUCAACAUACGAAGGCACAAUGUUGAUAGCUAGCACAUUAGAUCCAGGAGGUCACACCUUGUCGCUUGCAUACGAAAUAGUUGAUUCAGAAAAUGAUGAUUCAUGGUUAUGGUUCUUUGAGAAUUUUAAAAAUGCAUUCGGUGAAAGAGAAGAUAUGUGCUUUGUUUCUAAUAGAAAUAAGAGCAUUUGGAAUGCUACUGCAGUUGUUUAUCCCGAAUUCAGACAUUACGCAUGCAUAUACCAUCUAUGGACCAAUUUACUAAAGAAAACAUAUAGAGAUACAAAAGAGGUUAGAACAUUAUUCUUCAGUUUAGCAAAAGCUUACAUUGUUCAAGAGUUUGAUGAAUUGAUGAAAAGGAUGGAUCAAAUUAAUCCAAAAUACCGUGCUUAUCUACAAAAAGCAAAUUAUGAGAAAUGGUCACGCGCACAUUCACCAGUAAAAAGGACUUGGACACUAACAAGUAACAUUGCAGAGUCACUAAAUAACGCUAUUCUUGUUGGAAGAAAGUUACCAGUGGUACCAUUGUUGGAAUUUGUUAGAAAAACAAUUGAAGCUUGGAAUGAGAAACACAACGAAGAAGGUAGAAAUACUACAAUAACCUUGACAAGUAAAUACAAUGAAAUGUUGGAGAACAAUAGAAAUGUGUUUCAUCUUAUGCUUUUAUACAGUUGA